AUGGACGUCCUCUUCGCGACCGCCCUCGGGGAGACCGCGGUCGUGCAGACGCGCGACUGCGACGACGCCGCCAAGGGCAAGGGCGUCUACGCGCUCGUGCACCUCGCCGAGGGCGACGUCGCGCUCAGGGACGCGCCGUGCGCGCUGCUUCGCGCCGUCGAUCUGACCGCCGCCGCGCUCGAGGACGUCGACGAAUCGCCGCCGCCGCCGUACGAGACGUGCGAGACGUGCGGCGCGUUCACCGGAAAUAUCGCCUCCCAGCUCGAGGCGUUGCUUAGAUCGCGCGCCGCCGCCGCGUCGCGCGACGCCGCGGACGCGCCGCCGCCGCGGAAGGGCUCGAAGGCGCUGCCGCCGCCUCCCAUCGCGGAUCUCGCGCCUCAGAAGUUCAAGAAGAAACUCCCAGUCUCGGACGCGCAGCCGUUCGUACUCGCGGACGCGACGAACAUCUAUGGCUCGAGGUACUGCGGCGACGGCCGCGACUCCUCGUGGCCGUGCACGUGCACCGGGUUCUUGAAGCUGCGCGUGCGCGCCAACGAAGAGUGGCGCGCGUUCAUAGACGUCGUCGGCGGCGCCCCUCGCGCCGACCGUCGGUGCGCGAUGCUCGCGGCGCAACUCGCCGCGUGCGCGCUCGCCCCCCGCGACGCGCUCGACGUCGACGGCGUCCGGCACCUGGCGAACGCGCAGAUUCACGAGCUCGCGAGCGACGAGUUGGCGCGCGAGGGGUUGAGAGCGCUCGUGGACGCCGCGUGGCCGUCGCUGGAGCUGACGCUGAAGAGAGCCUUCGGGGAGGCGGCGUUGAGAGACGCGCCCGCGUUUGCCGUCUCCGGCGCGUCCAUCGCAUCGCGCGACGGCUUCGCGCGCCUGUGCGGCGCCGCGCAGAUGAACUCGAUGACGGUGAAGGUCCCGAACCCUAUCACGCGGUACCUGGUCACCACCCCGGGCGCCAACACGGGCGACGCGUCGGUGACGGGGCCGAUGCGGGGCGUCGUGCGGUGGCUCUCGCGCGAGCGCGACGUCCGGGUCGCGAGGCGCGUCGACGAGGAAAACGCGCUUCUCGACGGCGCCGCGCUCGACAGCGAGGACGACAGCGACGGCGACAGCGACGACGAGGCCGAGGACGAGGAGAGAGACGAGAGGUGCGACUUCAUCUGGGGGAAGGGCGACGACGCGAUCGAGUUCGACACGUCGCUGUUCCCCGCGAUGCGCGGCGCCGCGGUGUUCCCGCUCGCGUCUUCGCUGAACCACUCGUGCGAUCCCAACUGCGAGGUUGCGUACGUCGACGACGCGAGGGUGCUGGUCGUCGCGAGGAGGACGCUGAAGCCGGGGGAGGAGCUCACGAUCGCGUACGUGGACGUGGACGCGGACGUCGGGGAGCGUCGGGACGAGCUGAGGGAGGUGUACGGGUUCGAGUGCGUCUGCGAGCGGUGUUCGAGGGAGGCGGCGAUGGAUGUGGCGCGCGGGGGGAAGGCGAAGAAGGCAUUCAACGCGAAGACGAAGGGGGGUGAGGGCGAGAAGCGGCGGGACGUCGCCAUUCCCGCCGCGGUCGACGACGACGCGUACCCCGAUCUCCCCGAAGAUUUCGAGGACGAGGAGAUCGAAGAGGGCGCCGCGUUCACGGAGGAGGACAAGAAGCGGUGGAGGGACAUCUCGUUCGAGGACUUUGGCGGCGGCGGCUCGGCGAAGAAGGCGAAAAAGACCCCGGCGGCGAAGACGAAGACGAAGACGCCCGCUAAGACGAAGACGCCCGCUAAGACGAAGACGCCCGCUAAGACGAAGACGCCCGCUAAGACGAAGACGCCCGCGACCGCGUCGAAGAUCGUCGUCAGAGCGGUUCAAGACUACGACGAGCUCCCUUCGGACUUUGAAGACGAGGAGAUUGACGAAGCGAGCGCGUUCACCGCGGCGGAUAAAAAGAAAUACGCAGACGUGACGUUCGACGACUUUGGCGGCGGCGCGAAGAACGCGAAGAAGAAGACUCCGGCCAAGUCGACGAAGAAGGCCCCGGUCAAGGCGAAGGCGAAGACCCCCGUCGGCGCGAAGAAGGCGGCCGCGAAGAAGAAGGACGACGACGACGACGACGCGUACCCCGACCUCCCCGAAGAUUUCGAGGACGAGGAAAUCGACGAGGACGCCGCGUUCACGGUGGCCGACGAGAAGCGCUGGAAGGACGUCAUCUUCGAGGAGUUUGGCGUGAAGAAGAGCCCGGCCGCGAAGGCGAAGACGCCGGCCAAGGCUAGGGCGGCGACGGGGACGAAGCGGAAAGCGACGACGUCGACGAAGACGCCGACGACGCGAGGGAAGCGCGCCGCGAAGUGA